AUGGGGUGCGGAAGUAGCGCGGCUGCUGUUGCUGCUCCUGUUCAAAAUAGACCUGAGAUUAACACCAAUAAUCAACAAACCAGAAUACCAAGCGCACAAAAUAAUGUUGUGCAACGAAUACCGAGUUCUUCAUCUGAGAAAAGUAUUAGGAAAAGUACAACAAGUAUCCAUUCUCAGAAAAGUAUAAGAAGUAUCAAAUCUCAAAAAAGUACAACAAGUAUUAAAUCUCACAAAAGUGCUACAGUUAUUAAACCAUCGACUCCACCGAAAAAACCAAAGACUCCAUCAAUACAUUCGGAGUAUGAAACUAAUCAACAUCUUGUCAUUAUUUGGGUGGAUCCGAAUAUAGAUCAAUCAAAAAAAAUAUAUUUUGAUUCAGUGACUAAACUUCAACGCAUUACAUCUGCUGUCUAUACGUGCAGUGAUUCUGAACAAUGUAUAAAUUAUAUUGAUAAUAUUGAUGACAAAAAGAUAUUUCUAAUUGUAUCGGAUGAUUUGGGCGAAAAACUCGUGCCUCUCGUUCAUGAUAAGCCACAAAUCGACAGUAUAUAUAUAUUUAGCCAAGUAAAACGACAAAGAUUAACUUGGGCAAAUAAAUGGUCUGAAAAAAUAAAACACAUCUUGUUUAAUAUGGAAGAUAUUUUUCAAAAGAUUAAAUUUGAUAGCGGAAUGGUCGGUAGCUUAACUUCAAUUAGUAUUAUACGCAGAAUAGAUAUUCCUAGCUUAGUUGGAAAUGAAUUAGAUCAAUCAUAUAUGUAUACACAAUUGCUCAAAGAGAUUCUGCUCGAAAUGAAACAUGAUUAUACAUCAAAAGUCAAAUUAGUUGAAUUUUGUCGAACACAAUAUGCUGAUAAUAUUCUUCAAUUAGGUUUAAUUGAUGAAUUUGAACUAGAAUAUAAUAAUGAAUUAGCCAUUGAAUGGUAUACAAAAGAAUCAUUUCUUUAUGCAAUGUUAAAUCGAGCUUUACGAAAUCAAGAUAUUGAAACGAUCAUGAAAAUGGGAUUCUUUCUACAGGAUCUUCAUCAAAGAAUAGUAUACAUGCACACUCAACAAUCAGAAACUCGUGACAAUAGAAAGUUUACUAUUUACCGAGGACAAGCCAUGACAUCUGAUGAAAUAGAAAAGGUAGAAGCGAGUCAGGGUGGUCUUCUUUCUUUCAAUAAUUUCUUGUCAACGACUCUCGAUGAAAAAAUUGCGAUUCAGUUUGCGGAAAAAGCAUAUAACAACCCACAUGUUAUCGCAGUUUUAUUUAAUAUUGAAAUUAAUCCAAAGAAUUCAUCAGUUCCAUUUGCAUUUAUCGACAAACAGAGUACAUACAAAUACGAGAGUGAAAUGCUUUUUUCUAUGCAUACUGUUUUUCGAAUUUUGGGUGCACAAGAGAUUAAACCACGGUUUUGGCAAAUCAAUUUAGCAACAACCAGUGACAAUGAUGAACAACUUCAAAAGCUUACUGAUUACUUUCGAAAAGAGAUCGAAGGAAGCAGUCCUUGGGCAAAAUUAGGCCAUUUAAUGCUUAAAAUGGGAGAAUUUAAUCAGGCUGAAGAAUUAUACGCACCACAGCUUCAUACAACAGAUGAGAAGAAUUGGCGACAACAUGCUCAUCUCAAUCAUCAGCUUGGAUAUAUCUAUGGUGAAAGAGGUGAUUAUAAAACUGCACUUUCCUAUUAUGAAAAAACACUCAAAAUCGAAUUGGAAUUUCUUUCUCCUGACGAUUCUUCGCUUGCUGUGACUUAUAAUAAUAUAGCAUCAGUACAAAAUUCAAUGGGAAACUAUUCAUCUGCACUUGAAUCAUAUCAAAAGGCACUCGAAAUAGAAGAGAAAUCUCUUCCUUCUGAUAAUCCUACACUAGCUACAACUUGCAGUAAUAUCGGUUUAGCAUAUAAAAUAUUAGCAGACUUUAAAAGUGCACUUUCAUUUUAUCAAAGGGCACUAGAAAUUCGACAGAAAACACUUCCACUCAAUCAUCCAGAUUUUGGAAGCAUAUAUGCCAAUAUUGGUGGAUUGCAUCAAGACAUGGGAGACUAUUCAACGGCACUGGAUCAUUAUCAGAAGGCAGCUGAUAUUCAGGAAAAGUAUCUUCCUCCAAAGCAUCCAAGUUUAGCCACAACAUACAGCAAUUUGGGUUCUGUUUAUAGUUCGAUGGGCGAUAAGUCGAAAGCACUUGAAUAUUAUCAAAAAGCUUUUGACAUACGAGAAUUAUCACUUCCUACUAAUCAUCCAGACAAAGCAAUCAGCUACAAUUGCAUUGGUUCAGUACAUGAUUCAAUGGAGGAUUAUUCCAAAGCACUUUCAUACUUUGAAAAAGCACUUGAAAUUCAACAGAUAGCUUUUCCAGAAAAUCAUCCAGAUUUUGCAAAUACUUAUAAUCACUUGGGCUCGGUCUAUAGUUCAAUGGGAGAUAAGUCAACUGCCUUGUCAUACUAUCAAAAAGCAUUCGAAAUUCGAGAACGUUCACUGCCGCCAAAGCAUCCUGAUAUAGCUAAUAGUUAUAAUAACCUUGGUACAAUCUAUAGUUCUAUGGAAAAAAAACAGGAAGCGUUAUCGGCAUAUGAAAAAUCGCUCGAAAUCAAACAAAGUUGCCUGCCUGUAAACCAUCCAUCUCUUGUUACCACAUAUAACAAUAUUGGUUCAGUAUAUCAAUCCAUGAAAGAUUAUUCUACUGCGCUUUCUUUCUAUCGAAAAGCAUAUGAAAUUUGUGAAAAGAAUGCACAACUCAGCGGAUCGAACGAAAUAGCUUCUACUUAUAACAAAAUUGGGUCAGUACAUCAUUCAAUAAAGGAGUAUGCUACUGCUCUUUCAUAUUUCCAAAAAGCACUUGAAAUACAAAAUAAAUCUGCUAAUCCUAAUAACCAUAAUUUGGCUAUUACAUACAGCAACAUUGGUUUAGCUUAUCAUGAGAUGAACGAUUAUCAAAAGGCACUUUCACAUUAUGAAGAAGCUCUAGAAAUCGAACAAAAAUCGCUUCCUGACGAUCAUUGCGACUUAGCUACGUCAUACAACAAUAUUGGAUUAGUGUACGACUCAAUGAAAGAAUAUGCAAAAGCACUUUCAUUCCAUGAGAAAGCCCUUGCUAUUCGAGAAAAAAAGAAGUCUUCUAAUGAUUUAACACUUGCUUCGACUUACAGCAGCAUAGCUUCAACAUAUCAUGAGUUGAAUGAUUACCCGAAUGCCAUCGAGUUUUAUAAAAAAUCAAUCGAAAUCCGGGAAAAUUCUUCUUCUGAAGAUGAUCUCAAUCUGGCUAUCAAUUAUAAUAACAUUGCCGUCGCUUAUAGUUCAAUGAAUGAUAACUCAAACGCUCUUCUGUUUUAUCAAAAAGCGCUCGCAAUUCGACAAAAGAAACUUCCAGCUGAUGAUCCAUCAUUGGUAACUCUCUAUACCAGCAUUGGGUCUCUAUAUUAUACAAUGACAGAUUACUCAAAUGCAAUUGUUUUUCAAAAGAAAGCAAUUGAAAUUCGAGAAAAAUCUUCUUCUGAAGACGAUCUGAAUUUAGCUAUUAAUUAUAAUAACAUUGCUGUUGCUUAUAGCUCAAUGGAUGACAAAUCAAAUGCUGUUCUAUUUUAUCAAAAAGCACUGGCAAUUCGACAAAGAAAACUUCCAGCUGAUGAUCCAUCAUUGGCAAUACUCUAUACUAGCAUUGCAUCUUUAUGUUAUUCCAUGAAUGACUUUCCACGUACGAUCGAGUUUUAUACAAAAUCAAUUAAAAUUCGGGAAAAAUCUUCUUCUGAAGAUGAUCUUAAUUUAGCUACCAAUUAUAAUAACAUUGCUGUUGCUUAUAGUUCAAUGGAUGACAAAUCAAAUGCUGUUCUAUUUUAUCAAAAAGCACUGGCAAUUCGACAAAGAAAACUUCCAGCUGAUGAUCCGUCAUUGGCAACUCUCUAUACCAGCAUUGCAUCUUUAUAUUAUUCGAUGAAUGAUUAUCCACGUGCGAUCGAGUUUUAUGCAAAAUCAAUUGAAAGUCGUGAAAAGUCUUCUUCUGAAGGCGAUCUUGAUUUAGCUACUAAUUAUAAUAACAUUGCUGUCGCCUAUAAAUCAAUUGAAGACUUGACUAAUGCUCUGAAGUUUUAUGAAAAAGCACUUGCGAUUCGAGUUCAAAGGUUACCAUGGAAUGAUCCAUUACUAUUCCCACUUUAUAGCAGUAUUGGUUCCAUACAUUCAUCGAAUGGUAAUACAGCAGCUUCAGUUGAGUUUUAUCAAAAAUCACUUAAAAUUCAAGAAACUUUAUCAUCACCCAAUUACUCCUCGAUGUCAGUGAUAUAUUACAAUACAGCACUAGCGUAUGAAAAGCUUCAAAACUAUGAAGCAGCUCUCAAACAUGCCGAACGUUCUCUCGAAACUGCUCGCUUAGCUUUCGGUCCUGAUCAUUCAAAAGUGAAAGAAAAUCAAAUGCUAGCGGAUAGACUUCGUAAUAAACGAUGA